AGUCUAUUGAGUCAAUGCUGGCAGGUCAUAUUAUUUAAUUCUUUGCAAAUAACGAAAACCUAACAUUAAUUGAAUAACCGUGCAGUCUAUAGCAAAAGCACAAGAAAAAGAGAACAAUGAAGAAUACUGCCGUUGUGACUGUAGUCAUCAUCCUCAUUCUAAUGUCAUGUGAUGACUCCACGGUAACACUAGCUCAACCUAGUAAGGUGAAGCACGGUGUUUGUCCAAACCACCUCCUCAACAUUUGCAUCGAUAUACUUGGACCCCAGUGCGUUACUGACAGUGAUUGUAAAGGAAAAGAAAAAUGUUGUCCUCAAGCCUGCGGGAAGAUAUGCGCAGAUCCAGAAAAGCCUCGUAUCUGCCCCAAGAUUUUAUGCCUCGAUCCCAACUGCAACGUGGAUUCUGACUGCUUGCCAAGCCAGAUAUGCUGUGGUGGAUGCUGCGUUAGAAAUCUUGGAAAGUAAGCGUGAAGGACGCGACAGACAUUCAUCAACCAAAUCAAUCCUUCGUUACGUAACAAACAAAUAUCAUGUUCUUUUCGAUUUUAUUAACCAAAAAAUAAUAAUAAUAAUUCAUUUUCUUAUAAACUUAAAAUUACAACAGUAACAGUGCCUAUUAAACCGUUUACAAAUA